AUGGAAUCGAUCUCAUCGUCUUCUUCGAAUUUCGUUGCCGUUGCAGUGGUUUUAGCUUCGGUGUUUGCACUCGUUCAUUCGAUGACGUUGAGGUCGGACACCGAAGCACUUCAAGCGUUGAGGCGUUCUAUUGAUCCCAACAUGAUCCCACCGUCGUCGUACAUCAGUUCGUGGGAUUUCUCGGUGGAUCCAUGUGAUAGUACCGGCGCGAAAUUCUUGGGGAUUUUGUGUUCGAAUCCUGGAGAUAACUUGACGAAUCGGAUUGUGUCGAUCGAGCUCGAUAGUGCGGGAUACGAUGGUUUUUUAACGCACAAUAUAGGGAACCUCGCCGAGUUAACAUUGCUUGAUCUCAGUAGGAACCAGUUUAGAGGGCCGUUGCCGGAUUCUUUAAAGAAUCUCAAGAAACUAACCAUGCUUUCUCUUUCAGGGAAUUUCUUCACAGGUGGUAUUGGAGGAUGGAUCAAUGGAUUGAAGAACAUUGAAUCGAUAGACUUAUCGGAAAACCUCCUCUCCGGUCCGAUACCAACGAGGACAUCCGAGUUAAGAAGAUUGACACGAAUGAGCUUAGCAAACAACGAAUUCUCUGGAAGGAUUCCUGACAUUAAUGGACUAUGGAAAUUGGAUACAUUAGACCUUGGAUCCAACAUGUUUGUAGGAAGCUUACCAAAGCUUCCAACAAAACUGAGAUCCUUAAUAUUGUCCCACAAUCAACUUGCAGGACAUAUUACAGAACUGGGGUCACUUAAAGAGCUGAGACAUAUUGAUCUAAGUGACAACAAGUUCACAGGUUCCAUUAGUCGGUCGAUUCUCUCAUUGCCGUCCCUGAAUAAACUCAACAUUUCCUUCAAUCAACUCACUUCGAUCGAAGUGAACACCCAUCUCGGGAGCAGUUCGCCGCUUCAGGUGCUGAAUGCGCAAAGGAACCGGUUGCAGGGUCAUCUGCCAGUGGGCCUGGUGAACUUUGAGAACUUGCAAGUGAUCAACUUGGGGUACAAUGGAUUGACCGGUCGAAUCCCGCUAGCAUACGGACAGCGGUUGGGGAGGCCGUGGAGAAGCUUGUUCCUAGACGACAACUUCUUGUCGGGUCGGAUACCGCGGCAGUUCAAUAGCAGCGGCAACAGGAUCAGCGGCAACCUUGCGAAUAAUUGCCUGAGUUGCCCGUCAACGAUCCCUAUUUGUGGCGGAGGGCAGAGGCCCGCUUCGGCUUGCAUCGGCGAGAUUGGUAACCAGUGA